AUUGAGUUUAGGCUUGGGGCCUGGUGCCCUUAUUGCUUCUUUCAAAAGCCGCACACUGCACACUCCACUCUGCGAGUUCAGAGUUGAUAGCACUCUGAAUCAAACAAGAGAAACAAAUCCCUUUGUUGCUGCUGCUACUGCUAGCUAGUGUCGCUGCAAUGAAGAGUGCACCCAUCAUCACUUUCUCCUCCGACGACGUUGUUGUCAAGUCACCGAACGACCUUCGUCUUUACCGCCUCAUCGAACUCCAUAACGGCCUUCAAGCUUUGCUCGUUCAUGAUCCUGAGAUUUACCCAGAUGGCCCUCCCAAGCCUGUUCAAACCGACAAUGAAGAAGAAGAAGAUGAUGAUGAAGAGGAAGAUGAUGAAGAUGAAGAUGAAGAUGAUGAUGAUGAUGAUGAUGAUGAUGAUGAUGAUGAUGAUGGGGAGGAAGAAGAAGAUGAUGAUGAUGAUGAGGAAGAAGAGGGAAGUGAAGAAGUAGAAGUUGAAGGAAAAGAAGGGGCCAAGGGUGCUGCUGCUCAGACCAAAAAGGCUGCAGCGGCUAUGUGGGUAGGAAUUGGCAGCUUCUCUGACCCGAAUGAAGCACAAGGACUAGCACAUUUUUUAGAACACAUGCUCUUCAUGGGGAGUGAUGAAUUUCCAGAUGAAAAUGAGUACGAUAGCUAUUUGUCCAAGCAUGGUGGCUCAUCAAAUGCGUAUACAGAAACUGAAUAUACUUGCUACCAUUUUGAAGUGAAGCGAGAGUUUCUAAAGGGUGCCUUGGGAAGAUUUUCUCAGUUCUUUAUUUCACCCCUUGUAAAAAUGGAGGCCAUGGAGCGAGAAGUACUUGCAGUAGAUUCAGAAUUUAACCAGGUUUUACAAAGUGAUGCUUGCCGUCUUCAACAACUUCAGUGUCAUACAUCCGCACUUAAUCAUCCUUUAAAUAAAUUCUUUUGGGGGAAUAAAAAGAGCCUGGUUGAUGCAAUGGAGAAAGGUAUUAAUUUGCGGGAGAAAAUAUUGAAAUUAUACGAGGAUUAUUACCAUGGUGGAUUAAUGAAGCUUGUUGUUAUUGGUGGAGAGUCUCUGGAUGUGCUUGAGAGCUGGGUUGUGGAACUGUUUAGUGCUGUCAAGAAGGGUCCUCAGGUAAACCCAGAGUUCACUGUGGAAGGUCCUAUCUGGAAAUCUGGUAAAGUUUAUCGGCUAGAAGCCGUCAAAGAUGUUCAUAUCCUUGACUUAGCAUGGACCCUGCCCUGUUUACACAAAGAGUAUCUAAAGAAACCACAAGAUUAUUUAGCUCAUCUCCUUGGGCAUGAGGGCAGGGGAAGCUUGCAUUUCUUUCUCAAAGCUAGAGGGUGGGCUACAUCUCUAUCUGCUGGUGUUGGGGAUGAAGGCAUUUAUUGUUCAACUAUAGCCUAUGUGUUUGUCAUGUCCAUGCACCUAACUGACUCUGGUAUAGAAAAGAUCUAUGAUAUUAUUGGCUUUGUCUAUCAAUACCUUAAGUUGUUGCGUCAAGUUUCUCCACAAGAAUGGAUAUUUAAGGAACUUCAGAAUAUUGGAAACAUGGAAUUCAAAUUUGCAGAAGAGCAGCCUCAAGAUGAUUAUGCUGCUGAGCUUGCAGAAAAUUUGAACUUCUAUCCACCAGAGCAUGUCAUUUAUGGUGACUAUCUGUACAAGACAUGGGAUGGGCAGUUGCUCGAACAAGUUCUUGGUUUCUUCAUUCCUGAAAAUAUGAGGGUUGGCGUUGUGUCAAAGGUUCUUAAGUCAGAAGAUUUCAAAUAUGAAACUUGGUUUGGUUCACGUUAUAUUGUGGAAGAUAUUGCUCAAAAUUUGAUGGAGUUAUGGAGAAAUCCUCCAGAAAUUGAUGCCUCACUCCAUCUUCCGUCCAAGAAUGAGUUUAUUCCAAGUGACUUUUCUAUACGUGCUGGUGACACGUCUGAUGAUGAUUCUGCAAAUUUGACUUCUCCUAAAUGUAUAGCUGAUGAAGCAUUGAUAAAAUUCUGGUACAAGCUGGACAGUACUUUCAAAGUUCCUCGUGCCAAUACAUAUUUUCGAAUUAACUUGAAGGGUGGAUAUGAUAACGUGAAGAGUUGUGUAUUGUCUGAAUUGUUCAUUCACCUUCUUAAAGAUGAGUUGAAUGAAGUCAUAUAUCAGGCUAGUGUUGCCAAGUUAGAAACUUCUGUCUCUUAUUUUGGUGACAUGCUUGAGCUGAAGGUCUAUGGUUUCAAUGAGAAGCUUCCUGUUCUCCUAUCUAAAAUUUUGUCAGUGGCUAGAUCUUUUAUGCCAACUGAAGAUCGAUAUAAAGUAAUAAAAGAAGACGUGGAGAGAACUUUAAAGAAUACCAACAUGAAGCCUCUAAGCCAUUCAUCAUAUUUAAGAUUACAAAUUUUGUGCGAGAGCUUUUAUGAUGCUGAUGACAAGUUGCAUUGUCUAAAUGAUCUGUUUCUUGACGAUCUGAAGGCAUUUAUCCCUGAGCUUCGCUCACAGUUAUACAUUGAGGGCUUGUGUCAUGGAAACCUGUCAGAAGAUGAAGCAAUUAACAUAUCCAAUAUCUUUAAGAUGAACUUUCCAGUAAAUCCACUCCCCAUUAAGUUGAGGCAUGCUGAACGUGUAAUUUGCCUCCCUUCCAAUGCCAAUUUAGUUAGAGAUGUUGGUGUGAAGAACAAGUUGGACAAAAACUCUGUGGUUGAGCUCUAUUUUCAAAUUGAACAAGAUUUUGGUAUGGGGUCAAUGAAGUUGAAAGCUUUGAUUGAUCUUGUUGAUGAAAUUGUGGAGGAGCCACUUUAUAAUCAGCUGAGAACGAAGGAGCAGCUUGGUUAUGUUGUUGAAUGCAGUCCGCGAGUAACAUACCGUGUUUUUGGAUUUUGUUUCUGCAUUCAGUCAUCUGAGUACAACCCAGUUUACUUACAAGGUAGAGUUGAUAACUUCAUAAAUGGCCUGGAAGAAUUGUUGGAUGGCCUUGAUGACGAUUCCUUUGAGAAUUACAAAAGUGGGUUAACGGCAAAGCUGCUGGAGAAAGAUCCUUCACUCACAUAUGAAAGCAACAGAUUGUGGAAUCAGAUUGUUGAUAAAAGGUACAUUUUUGACGUUUCAGAGAAGGAAGCAGAAGAAUUGAGGAACAUAAGCAAGAAUGAUGUUGUAGAGUGGUACAAGACGUAUUUGAAACCAUCAUCUCCGAAAUGUAGGAGGCUACUUGUUCGUGUAUGGGGUUGCAACACAGACUUGAAAGAUGCUGAAGCACUUUCCAAAUCUGAGCAGGUCAUCACUGAUCCAGCAGCUUUCAAGAAGGAAUCUGAGUUUUAUCCAAGUUUUUGUUAAAUUUGAAGAUGCAAUAUGUUGAACUAUUGAAGUAAGGCUUCUUCUAGAGCCAGAGAGAGGCUUCAUUUUUUCACUUAAUGGCUCUAGGGGUGAAGGGAUACAAUCAACAUUUUUGAAUGCAAACAACUGGAGGGAAAAAAUUAUACACAAUGUGUUUGCUAGAGUAAUUACAUUUAUUCGUUGGAAAAAGUCCAUCUCUUGUUCUGUUGGCUUUUAUGCCUCGUAAUUUGUGCGAAUGUACACUGAGGGUGAUCUAAAUAGAAAAAUGCACAGUGCUCGUACCGGUGUAAUGAUAUUUAUCUGAGAAUUAGUCAUUCAUUUUUUUUAUCAAUAAGUUAUUGUGGUC